CCAUCAUCCCUGUCCUUCCCUCAGAUGCGUUCCUCUUUCUCUCGCUUUUCAGGGAAUCCUGUAAAUUUACGCAGAAUCCACUAGGGGGCACUUUCUGCCAAGAGAAGGGAACAUCAGGCGCUUCCCCAUUGGGCCACUGGAGGGCGAAAGUCAGGUCUUCCUUUGUAGAGGAGGCCGGGAAAGAAAUGACAUCAUAGAGCCUUGUCUCUCUAGGACGCCGCACUAGCUCUCCUUAACCUCUGGGACUCCGCAAGGGGCGGAGAGGCUGCGGGAGAGAUCCAGACGUGCUCCGGAUACAGAAACUGGAAGCCAUUUGUAAUCUUUGCUAAGCCAAAAUUUUCUCUUGGAGAAAAAGAGCAGGGAGGGAUCAGUCCUGGAAGCACCAGAACUGGUCCCGUGAAGGAAAAGGCAUCUGGAGACCCAGAAGAGUCCUUGGAGCCAUUUAGAGUUGCUGUGCAGGAGAGAGAAAGGAUGGAGACACAACUUUUGGGAAAGGAGGGAACCGGAAAAGGCCCUUCAGCUGCUCAGCCUGGGAAGCUCUGGACAAGGACUGGGCAGAAGAUCCUGGAAGAGGAAACCAUCCUCCCUUCAGAAGUUCAGCCCUGGAAUUUCAGGAGCCUCCAGUACCAGGAAGCUGAGGGUCCCCGAGGACUUUGCAGCCGACUCCAUGACAUUUGUAGGCGAUGGCUGAGACCAGAAAAACACAGCAAAGCCCAGAUGCUGGACCUCGUGGUUCUGGAGCAGCUCCUGUUCCUUCUGCCCCCAGAGAUGGAGGGCUGGGUGAGGGAAUGUGGAGCAGAGACCAGCUCCCAAGCGGUGGCCCUGGCUGAAGGCUUCCUCCUGAGCCACGUGGAGGAGCAGAAGGAGCAGGUCGAGUUGCAGGGCUGCACUGUGGAGAUAAGAGAUCCUGAUAGAAAGAAGAAUCCAUUAAAUCGCCCUCAGGAGUUAUUUUUCAGGAGGAUCCCUUGUGAAGAUCAAAGCCAGGACACUUCAGGAGAGAAACAAAGCAUGAAGUAUUCUGGUUUUUACGAUGGAGCUCAAGUAGUGGUUGAACCUCCAAAUCAAGAGAGUCUUGUGUCCUUUGAGGAGGUGGCUGUGUAUUUCUCUGAGGAGGAAUGGUCUCACCUGGAUCCUGACCAAAAAGCGCUGCAUUCGGAAGUCAUGCUUGAAAACCAUAGGAACGUGGUCUCUCUGGGUAAUAAUGGGCAGGAGAAUCAAGAUUCCUGUGAACUGUUCCAAGUGAUCAAUUCUAAGGAUGGAACAGAGAACUUUGGAAUUCAAAUGGAAUUUGAAAACCAUGAGUGGAACCAGUCAAAUAAUUGGAAUCAGGAAAACUCAUCUUCCACUGAUGCUCCGAUACAAGACUUUCAUGCCCAGCAAGAGAAAAUAAGGAAAAAAUAUAUUGGGAAAAGUAUGAAACAAAAAGUAUUAACCCAAAACAAAGGAGAAGAUGCUAUAAGCCAGAAUGGAAAGAAUUACAAUGGGACAUUGAUUCUUUCUCUUCAAAAUAUCUUCCUUACAUCUCAAAAAAUGAUUCACACAAAAAACAACUUACUUCCAUGA